AAAGCCUUUGACCUGGUCAGGAAGUAGGAUUUUAUCCUAACGGAUUUACAUUUGCCUCUUGUGCUCCUUGGGAGUAUUUGUUCCUGAAGCACGGGGCUCCCUGGGCAGGGCGGUGGUGGGGAGAAGGUGGCCUCUCUGUCAUCAGUUCUGCACAUCUCACCCCUCGCUUCCUGGUUAAGAUCCUUGGGAGUCUCCCGAAAACCUUGGAGAAACCAGAGCACGCCCCCAGUCCAGGUGGGCAACAUGUCCGUGCUGUUAGCGAUGUCACUGCCUCGAACUGGGAAGCCAUGGAGGAGAUAAGGUAGCCGCCCCUGUCCCCGGAUCGGAUGGGGAAGCCCAGUUCAAUGGAUACAAAAUACAAGGAUGAUUUAUUCCGGAAGUACGUGCAGUUCCACGAGGGCAGAGUGGACGGCACCCCCAGCAGGCAGCGGCCCGGCAGUGACGAGUGCCUUCGGGUGGCAGCCUCGACCCUGCUCAGCCUGCACAAGGUGGACCCCUUUUAUCGAUUCCGGCUGAUCCAGUUCUACGAGGUGGUGGAGAGCUCGCUGCGCUCGCUGAGCUCCUCCAGCCUGCGGGCUCUGCACUGUGCCUUCAGCGUGCUGGAGACGGUCGGUGUCAACCUCUUCCUCUACCCGUGGAAGAAGGAGUUCAGAAGCAUCAAGACCUACACGGGCCCCUUCGUUUAUUAUGUCAAGUCGUCGUUACUGGAAGAGGACACCCGGGCCAUCCUGCAUCACAUGGGCUACACGCCUGAGUUAGGGACCGCGUACAAACUCAGAGAGCUUGUGGAGACCCUCCAGGUGAAGAUGGUCUCCUUUGAGCUCUUUCUGGCCAAGGUGGAGUGUGAGCAGAUGCUGGAAAUCCACUCACAAGUCAAGGACAAGGGCUACUCCGAGCUGGACGUGGUGAACGAGCGCAAGAACAGCACGGAGGACGUGCGGGGCUGCUCGGAGGCCCUGCGGCGGCGGGCCGAGGGCCGGGAGCACCUGACGGCCUCCAUGGCCCGCGUGGCGCUCCAGAAGUCAGCCAGCGAGCGGGCGGCCAAGGACUACUACAAGCCUCGGGUGACCAAGCCCUCGAGGUCUGUGGAUGCCUACGACAGCUGCUGGGAGAGCCGGAAGCCGCCCCUGAAGGCCUCAUUGAGCCUGCGGAAGGAGCCGGUGGCAGCAGAUGUGGGCGACGGCCUCAAGGAUGAGAUCAUCCGCCCGUCCCCCUCGCUCCUGGCCAUGUCCAGCUCCCCCCACGGAAGCCCGGAUGACCUGCCGUCCCCCUCCCCCAACAACGGGUUGGGCCUGCUGCGUGGCACGUACUUCUCCGCUCAGGAUGACGUGGAUCUUUACACAGACUCGGAGCCUCGGGCCACCUACCGGAGGCAGGACGCCCUGCGGCCGGACGUGUGGCUGCUCAGAAAUGAUGCGCACCCCCUCUACCACAAGCGCUCGCCCCCCGCCAAAGAGUCCGCCCUGUCCAAGUGCCAAAACUGCGGUCUGUCCUGCAGCUCCUCCCUCUGCCAGCGCUGUGACGGCCUGCUUGCCUGUCCCCCGGCCUCCAAGCCCGGCGCCUUCCCCAGCAAGGCCUCUGCCCACGACAGCCUGGCCCACGGGUCGUCUCUGCGGGAGAAGUAUGCGGGCCAGACUCAGGGCCUUGACCGGCUGCCGCACCUCCACCCGAAAUCCAAGCCCUCGGCCACGGCCACCUCCCGCUGUGGCUUCUGUAACCGCCUGGGAGCCACCAACACCUGCACCCAGUGUUCAAAAGUCUCCUGUGACGCCUGCCUCAGCGCCUACCAUUAUGACCCCUGCUGCAAAAAGAGUGAGCUGCACAAGUUCAUGCCCAACAACCAGCUGAACUACAAGUCCACCCAACUGUCCCAUCUCGUGUACAGAUAGACUCGACCUUGCACCCCCUGCUCCAAGGGCUACACCACUGACUUUUGGGUCCCCCCCCCAGGGAAGAAGUGUUCAUGUAUUGUUCUCGGAAGCGGAGGCCUGCAUUCGACCAUGUGGGGGCCCGGGGACCGUGGGGUAGGCUGCACCCCCUGCGAGUUCACCUGAUGACCCAGGUAUUUACACUGAUGGCUGCUUUGUCACCUGACGAGGGAGAGGAUGGCACUUCCGUUCAGAUUCAUUUUUGCUAAUCUCUCCACUCCCUGUUCCGUUGUUUGUUUUGUUUCUGAAGAGGAUUUCUCUCCCUCAGACUCUUGCCACACCCGCCCCUCCCACUGCGAAGCCAACUUGGACUGGGAAGGGCCCCCUGGGUCCCCUCCAAAUGCCCGCCUGGAGCGCCGAGCUAGAGGCCUGCUGGCUUGUGAAAUGAGCCCUCCUGCCACACCGGGCCUCUUCCAGGGGCUCAUCCCUUGGCUGCCCCCUUCCCGGACGCAAGGACCCCCCUCCCGGACGCCCCGCCCCUCACUUCCACCUGUCUGGGUUUCGAAGGUGGACUGAGUCCAGUAUUAACUGAAUGGCGCCCUGUUGCCACCACAGCUCAGUUCAGCCCCUGGUGUUUGUGCACUUUGCUCCGACGCACUGAAGUGUGGACCUUCCAUGGCAGGAUGGACUUGCCCCUUUCUGUUGUUUGCACACGCCCCUCUUACUGUACUGUAAAUAGAUAUUUUUGAGAUUUAUUUUUAAAUAAAUAUUCAACUUGCCAUGUGUUUCACAGUGGUUAAAACA